CCACUUUUAUGAUUUGUUAUGAAAGAAACGCACUUUUUUUGCACUGCAUUUUUACAAUAAAUCUUUUGAUAUGUUUUCAUUCUUUUUGAUGAGCAUGACAUGGUAAAGCAUGCUGUAAACGCUGUAUAAGCAUAAAUUCUGCAAAUGGAUUUCAAUUACUGUAUGUGCUUUGUGCCUGUUAAAAAGACAUCACCCACGUACACUGAACAGUGGCUUUCACUUAUAACAAAAGCAUUAAAUAGAGGAAGUGAGAGAGAGUGCGUGCAUACUGUAGCAGACAAGAUGAAGGGAAGGACUCUAAAUCACCCUCAUCAGAACAACUAUUAAGGAUUGUUUUUUCUGGUUGCAUGAUUGGGCAUGCAAAUUCUUUAAGAUUUUAAGUCAACUGUGAAAACUUCCUUUUUUUUAUAAAUCUUAUUCUUUUUUAGGAGGGUUGGUGUGUGCUACAGACCGCUAUAAGUGGGUCCUCUGAGAUAUCAAGCUGUAAUCUUGCAAGAAAAUGAAUGCUCAGACAGUCGGGUGGUUAAUAUUUCUGGCCCUAAUAAAAAAAUUGUCCUGUGGCAAAGGAAUCCCAUUUGAACUACAGAGCAAAGUUGAGGCUAAAGAGGGGUCAUGUGUUGAAAUAAGAUGCAACAUCAAAAACAAAGUUUCUGAUGUUGAUGGUGCAUACUGGUUUUGGAUGAAAAAUGCAACUUGGUCUGACAAUGAUUAUCGUGGCACUAUUAUUUACAGUAAUGGUACCUCACAACAUCCUGUCAGUCCAGACUUUGCAAAAAGAGUAAGCUAUAUCGGUUCUCCAUCUUCAGAAUGGAAGUCUCCAUAUUCAUCAAAGCCACUAUGCAGUAUUUUGAUCUGUGACUUGAAAAAAAUCGACAGUGGAAACUAUUCUUUGAGAUAUGUAGGAUCUGAUAAAUGGUUCACCAGAGAAGAGGCGAUCCUCACAGUUGACGAAAAUCCAUGCCUGGUUGUUUUUGAGACACCACCUGUAGUAAAGGAAAAUGAGAAAAUAACACUGAGAUGCAAUACUUCGAGUGCAUGUCCUUCAAAUCCAAAAAUUGAAGGUUUGCUCUCAGUGCAGCUCUCAGAAGCUCCACAAAACAAUGGAGAACAUAAAAGCACCACAGUCCACUUUACAGCCAACUGGAAGGAUGAUGGGAAGGAGGUUUUAUGCCAAACACAAGAUAACACAGAUAAAUAUAUGGUUCGGAAUAUCAGUCUAAUCAUAGAAUAUGCUCCUAAAGACACAAGCGAUGAGAGGAGCUCUAUAAAUGUCACAGAAGGACAAUCUUUACCUCUCACAUGCUCAAUCAACGGACGUCCUAAGCCCACCUAUACCUGGUUUCAAAAUAAUUCAAUUCAGUUGGUUAACAAGUCACACACGAUGAUGAUAACAUCAGCUAAGGAUUCACAGAGUGGAGAAUACCAUUGUGAAGCUAAAAACAAGCAUGGGGAAACAAAAUCAAACCCAGUCCUUAUUAACGUUGUAUACGCCCCUGAUGUUAAGAUAGAGAUGACUUCACCAAAGUCUACAAUCAGACAAGGAGAUAAAAUUAUUUUAACAUGUAACGUGAAGAGAAGCAAACCACCACCAAACAGUUACGCUUGGUUUAAAGAUGACAGACAAAUUGACAUAUUGGGAAAAACGUAUAAUGUUCAGAGGAUCGAACCUGAGAAUAGUGGCACCUACACAUGUGUGGCGAAUAACACUGUGGGUACUGGAAAAUCACAGCCAUUUCAAAUUAAGGUUGAAUACGGGCCACGGAAGACGAACAUUUCAGUCCCCCAUCAUACAGGAGUGAAAGUUGGUCACUCCCUCACAUUCACCUGUGACACUGAUGCCAAUCCUGUCCCGCACAAGUACUCCUGGUACGGUUACAACAAAAAUAAACAGAUUUACGCCUCACAGUGGACAUCCCAGACAACUACUGACAACAGCCUCCAUUUGGAGAGUGUACAAAGGGCAGAUGAAUUAUGUUACAUCUGCAACGCCACCAACAACAUCGAUACAGGGGAGGAUAGUCGGCUGUUAUGCAUACCAGUACUUUAUCCUCCCACCAACAUCACGCUGUCUAUGGAUACUGAGGUCAGGGAAGGUCAGCCCAUCACCAUCAAAUGCACUGUUGAAAGUUUCCCACCGUCAAUGCUCACCUUGAAAAAGACUUCCACAUCGAGUCCUCAGUCUUCAGAAUGGGUUAUUACUGCUGAGCUGUCAGCUGAUUUGUCCCACACAUUUAAUGUAACUUCAACCCACGCAGGCUCUUACACCUGCCACGCCGAAAACAGCGAAGGAACACAAACAAGCACAGAAAGGAAGUUGGUGGUGAAAUAUGCUCCCCAAGAUGUGGCCAUAAGAGCUCAACCUAAUCUUGUUGUGAAUGAAAAUAAGUCGUUGACGCUGGUCUGCAACGCCCAGUCCUACCCACCAGUGACCUCUACCACCUGGAUGAUUGAUGGGAAGGAAGCCAUCGUGAAUACAGCUAAAUCUUUCACUCUAAAGUCUGUCACUCCCUCUGACAGCGGACUGUACAGCUGCAAAGCCAGUAAUGAAAUUGGAUCUAGACAAUCAAAGCCAGUUGAGGUUCAAGUCAAGUAUGCUCCAAAACACACAAACAUCACAAAAGUAGUAGAGCAGCAGCUGACUAACGGUACGCGUGUUGUGAUGUUGACCUGCAGCAGUCACUGUUAUCCCCCAGUCAAACAAUAUGAAUGGUACAUGAAGAUGGAUGGUAACUCUAAAGACAAAAGAGUGUCAUCCAGACAGAGCUACAGAGUGUUCUCAAACCAACCGGGAGUCUACUACUGCAUCGCAGAAAAUGAAAUAGGUCGAAAAAUGUCUGAUCCAUAUGAGCUGUUUCUUGACGGUGUCUUGAAAAAGGUUUUGAUCUUCAGUUUUGGUUGUCUGCUCAUUAUUAUUAUUAUUAUUAUUGCCUUUAUCUACAGAUGCAGGAGGAACAAAUCAAUUCAACAAGGAACCUCGAACAGACUGCCCUGGUGGACCUGUUUCAGUUUUUUGGCCUGCUGGAACAGCAACAGGAGGAGGAAUCUGACGAGCGAGCCUGGCUUGGCUGAACCUUCCAGGAGUAGAGAUGACCUCUUGCCAUACCAGCCACGCCGUCCAAAGACCCAACCACCCCAGCCUCGUCCAGACACAACUGCUGCAUCCAACAUCAACAGUGUUUACUGUGCUGUAAAUCUGCCCAGAAAACAGGGUCCCUCAGCACAAAAGCCAAACAGAAAUGGACAUGCGGACGAUGAUAUCCUCAACUAUGCUUCUUUGCAGUUUGGAAAUAAGCAAAUACAGUCAAAAAUGGAACAGGACACAUAUGCUAUGGUAUCCAAGCCAAAGCCACCCCAAAAGAAUGAACAAGAAACGAUGGAGCCAUAUGAGAACAUACAGCAAAUGCAGCGUACGGCACAUGCAGCCAAAGCUCCAGAUCCACUAAACUAUGACUCAGACACCAGUGAGGAUGAAGUAGAGCUCAACUAUUCACAGGUGACCUUUACCCCAAAGCUGGGACAUCAGAGAGACAGCACAGACUCCAGCACCUCUGACGAGGAAUAUGAGACUCAGUACUCCGAGGUCAAACUCUGAGUACAGAUACAGAAUAAAUCCAUUACAUAUACUUAUACUUACAUGUACAUAUACUUAUCUUAAAGGUAUAGCCAGUUGUGCCAGAGCUAUCCUGAAUCAUGGUCAUAAUCAAAUCAUCAGGGUUUGUUUAUUAAUUUAGGGUUUAUUAGUCUACUAUAUUGUUCUUUUUUACUCCUAAAAUAUCAUUUUUAUGCU